CCGGUUCGACAACCUAGACGCAUGCGCCGUAGAGUUACAGCACAGUUCGGACGUACAGAGGAUGUAGUACGCUGCGGAUGCAGACAGCUACUAGGGAUGCAGACACCUGAACACAUGGCAUCACCUGGCUUUUCCCAUCGACUACCGCGCCUAUGUACGCCAUGUCGCCCAUCUGCGAGGCCCUGUCAUGCCCUGCGAGGCCCUGUCAUACCCUGCCAUGCCAAUUCACCUGUCCCCCUUGUCCCAGACCGUCUCUCCUGGCGGCCUGAUUCGAUCCACUAGACUUCAUUCAUCGUCCCACGGUCGCCUACGGAGGUCGAUCAUCUCAAUAAUCUGCCCAAUGCCCGCCCACUGGUCCAACAAGUUCUGGCGGUUGUCAAUACCCAUGCUGCUGCUUCUCCUGUCGUUCAGGGCGUCGUCGUCCCCUGUACUUUCCGCCAACGCUACUGCGGCGCGCCGCCAGCCCUACUCGUUCCGUCUCGCGCGUCCUUGGGGACUUUACGGUAGUUGUCUCUUUCCCCCACGCACUGCUUUCACUCUUUACAGACAAGCCCUUGUCUCACUCGCCGCCACCGCCGCCGCCACUGCGCCAACAUUGGCCCAGUUCGGGCUACCGUCUAAGGAAAAGUCGGAGAAAAACACUCGCAAAUGGGUCCAGCGGGCAUUGGCGGGCGACAGCGAUGUCAAACACGUGCCGUCCUGUGAUGGACCACCAUUGCAGCGCAGUGGUUCAUCCCGAUCAUGUCCACUUCUCCGUGGGAUGAGACACGUGCGCCACCUGCUCGCAUCGGGACGUCGGACAAUUACCACAGCCCGCCUGCCAUCGACCCGUUCCGAGAUGCAGCCACCGGCUGGCUUCGCUCGCCGGCUACGAGAUGGCGAUGGCGAUUGCGAUUGCGCGCCAAGGGGGCGUGUGCGCUGCGCUGCGAUUGUGUCACGUACGAAAACAACGUAUGAGGUAAUCUCGGCCGGUGGGGAGAGCUGCGCGCCGGAGAUCUCAACGUGGGGUGUAAACGUGGGUAGGCGGUCUGGUGUUCUGAGGAGGGGGGUGAGUGGGAGAUGGCGCCGGAUGAUCGUAAUGACUGGGCUGGAGGAUGGGGGUCGAUGUCUCAUGGGCAUCGCCUUGGUUGCAUUGACGGCUUUAGGGACAAGCAUCCCUCACUUCUUUGCCUCCUUUUGGCGCUGA